UCCCAACCUCAGGGAUUCACGGGUCCUUCGACGAUCCGGGAGCAGAUUAGCUGCCUGGCAGCCUAGCUAGGCGGGUACUAGGGGUCGUGGUUGUGGGCAUUUUCCAACGCACACCUCGAGUCAGCUGCUACCAUUCAAGCCACAACCACCGAGGUUUUCCAAUACGGCUUACCAUCAUUAUCCGCUCUCUACAUCAUCGAUCGUCCGUCCGUUCCGGGAUCUAGAACUUGACCAGCAACUAGCAUAACCUCUUCCUGUUGAACAUACCGACAAGCCAGAUUCAUUCGCACCAUGGCUUCUUCACUACAAACACCUACUGGCAUGUCCAUCCGAGCCGAAUCUCCUUCGAGCGAAGCUACUUCCAAGAUCCUCACCCCCGAGGCCCUGAAAUUCCUCGCUACCCUCCACCGAACCUUUAACCCGGUCCGGAAACAACUCCUCGCCAACCGGGACAAGGUCCAAGCCGAGCUGGACAAUGGGAAACAUUUGCACUUUUUGCAUUCCACUCAGAAGAUCAGGGAGGAUGUCGCUUGGCGCUGUGCGCCUCCUGGGCCGGGGUUGGAGGAUAGGAGGGUCGAGAUCACGGGGCCUACGGAUAGGAAGAUGGUCAUCAACGCCCUCGGAUCGGGAGCCAAGACGUUCAUGGCGGAUUUCGAAGACUCAAACUCGCCGACCUGGAACAAUAUGGUCAACGGUCAGGUUAACCUCUACGAUGCCAUCAGGCGACAGAUCGAUUUCGAGCUCAACGGCAAGCAAUACAAGCUCCCUGAGAACCCCGCCGUCCUGCUUGUCCGUCCACGAGGAUGGCAUCUGGACGAACCCCGAAUUCAGGUCGAUGGAGAACCCUUGUCAGGAUCCAUGUUCGAUUUCGGACUCUACUUCUUCAACAACGCUCACGAGCUCGUCAAGCGGGGCAGCGGGCCUUACUUUUACUUGCCCAAGAUGGAGCACCACUUGGAAGCUAGGUUGUGGAACGAUAUUUUCACCUUUUCCGCCGCUUACAUUCGAUUCCCCUACGGAACGAUCCGGGCGACUGUCUUGAUCGAGACUAUCCCGGCAGCGUUCCAGAUGGAGGAGAUCUUGUACGAAUUGAGGGAUCACUCGGCUGGGUUGAACUGUGGUCGAUGGGACUACAUCUUCAGCUACAUUAAGAAGCUCAGAGCGUCCAAGACCUAUGUCAUGCCGGACCGAACCGAUGUGACCAUGACCGUCCCCUUCAUGGAAGCCUACGUCAAGCUUCUCAUCCAGACUUGUCACAAGCGAAAAGUCGCCGCCAUGGGAGGCAUGUCGGCUCAGAUUCCUAUCAAGGGGGACGACACCGCCAACGAAAAGGCCAUGUCCAAGGUCAGGGCCGACAAGGAGCGAGAGGUCAAGGCGGGUCACGACGGGACUUGGGUCGCUCAUCCUGCCUUGGUCAAGAUUGCCAUGGACAUCUUUGACAAGCACAUGCCGGGACCGCAUCAGUACCAUAUUCGAAGGGAGGACGUUAGGGUGACCGAGCAGGAUCUCGUCAACCCGUCGGUACCCGGUGCGAUUACCGACAAGGGUGUCAGGGAAAACAUUUCCGCAGCCCUGUCAUAUUGUGCCGCCUGGAUCUCGGGUAACGGCUGUGUCCCGAUCAACUUUUUGAUGGAGGAUGCGGCAACCGCCGAGAUCGCUCGUGUCCAGCUCUGGCAGUGGGUCAAGUACGGUAGCAAGACGGAUUCUGGCAAGACGAUCACCUCGUCCCACCUUGGGCCGAUCUUUGACGAAGAGGCGCAAAAGGUGGCCAAGAUCGCCGGCAUCUCGACCGAUCACGUCAACGUCGCCAAGGGGUACAUGAUGGCGCAGCUAUCGAAACAGUGGCCUAGCGACUUCUUGACGUCCGACCUUUACGCUCAGUUGGAUUCGAACUUGCCCAAGGGCAAGCUAUAGGCUAGCGUCAGAAAAACAAAGUGAGCAGAAACAGGCAAAGGUGGUGGCCCGCUAGUAUCGAACAGGAGUAUAUAAGCGAAAGCGAAUCAGGAUCAAUUGUAUGAGUACCGAAUGAUAUGACAUCAGCUGUUGCGAGUCGGACUUUGGGGACCCCGGAAUGGCUGAUCGGAAGAUCGACCUCGGCCUCUGGUCGUCGGCAUCGCCUUUCCUAUC